UUCUCCACUGUCAUACUUGCAACUAGUCAUGUAUCACGUGUUGUCUCUUGUGUAAUUAUAUCAAAAUUUAAAAACAGGAUUUUUAAAGGAGUCAGCUUCCAGCAAAAAUCACCAUCUACAUCAUGGUCACAGCCAACUUCUUUGCUGAGCUAUUUGUCUGAUUCAUUGGAAAAAGAUAGCAAAAUUACCCAGCUACUCCAACGGUUAAAUAAAGCCACCUACCAUAAGAAAUUUCUGAUAGCCCUGUUCAAAACAGAUUUGUUCCUACCAUGAUUUGUUACUCUUCAUUUUUAUUUUGUUUUCCCUGCAGUUGUAGCAAUUUCAACAAUUGCUAGUUUUAACAGGAUGAAACAGAUAACAGAUGACAUAAGCCUUGUUGUAAAAGCCAUGAAAGUGUCCUCUAUGCUUGAGGUCAGCGAAGAUGAGACAAUGGUCAGACGUACAACUCCUGUUCCUGAGCCAAGAAAUGUUGAUGCAGAAACCAUCUACAUUGAAAGACUCCCACCUUAUGCUGAUCAUGACUGGCUGAAGGAAAUUUUUAGCAAGUAUGGGAAGGUGGUGUACAUCAGUAUUCCAAGGUUUAAACACACUGGAGAUGUUAAAGGAUUUGCUUUUGUGGAAUUCGAAUCUGCAAAAGAAGCUCAAGAAGCAGUUGAGGUUUUCAAUAAAGAAGGAAGGCAAAAGCAAGCCAGUGAACCAGAGGAGAAAAACGAAAACGGUGAUAGGACAGAACAGUCAAGUGAACAGCUCAAGAUGGCGAAAGGAAAAAGAAAACGCUCGCAUAGCGAAUCAGAAGUUGAAAUCCAAAAGCACAAAGAACGAAAACGGAGGAGAACGAUUAGUGAAUCUUCAGUGGAUUCAGGCGAAACAGAGGAACAGGAGGAUGUGAGCAAAAGUAGCGAUAUUAAACAAAAACACAAGGAGUCUAAGAGCGGCGAAGAAGGUAGUGAAAGAGACAAAAAUGGAAAGGAAGGACCGAACAGUGAACAAGAUGGGAAAGACAAGAAGGGCAAGAAAAUUGUACGGUGGCAAGAAGGCAAUGAAGAUGAGGAUACUGUUACAAGAAGGAGUGGAUUAAAAGCACGUCAACGAUCUCACGCAGAUUCGGCUGACGAUGAUGAAAGCGUGGAACACAAACGUAAAAAGACGGCUGACAAGGCGGAAACGAACUCUGAAAAUAAUGCUGAGGAAAGCGGCGAGGAUAACACUGCCAAGAAACACAAGAAGAGAAAACGGAAAAAGAAGGAGAGGAAAGAAACAAGAUUACCGCACCUUCGAGUGAUUUCCAAGCUGGAAUGGUUAGAACUGAAGAAAGAAUACAAGAAUCUACAACGGGAAGCUAUGAACAAAUUGAAGAAACAGCUACACGAGAAGCCUUCAGCGGAUUCGAGCCAAGCUAGUAACCAAACUAAGAAACAAUCACAAGGCCAGGUUGAAGUGUCAAAGAAGAAAAACCAAAAUAAAUCGUCACAAGAAGACAGCCAGGCUGUAAAAGACUUACCAUACACUCCUGGAGUAAUUUUAAAAUUCAGUUGUCAAAGUCAGGGCUUGACUAAGAAAGAAAUAAGGGACAAGUUUUCUUCUCACGCGCCAGUGGCCUAUUUGGAUUUGACUGAGGGCAGUGUUGAGGGUCACGUUCGCUUCCAUACCGCAGAAAAAUGUAGCGCGGUGUUUGAAACAAUGUCAUCGACAAACGAUGAAUUAAAACUCCACAAACUAACAGAGGAGGAUGAGAAAGCGUACUGGGAGAAGAUAAAUGCCGAUCGCGUAACAAGAUAUAAUGCUAAGAGAGGGAAGAAAAGAGGAACUGAAAAGGUUGCAAGAAAGGCCGAAGCCCUGCAAGUACAACGGCAAAGUCAUAUUCGUUUUGAUGACAGUGAAGGCGAAGCAGAGACGUGACAUCAAAAUGCGAGACAACACAAAUGAGUUCGUUGCUGGACUAUUUAGCCUUGAAGAAAUGAGUAUAAAACUGUGGGAGAAUUUUAAUCCACGCGAGAACAUCACGAGACUAACUGAAGCGCAAUUGAGGCCGUGUUACAAGGCAGUUCUUGUUAUAUAGUACUUUUCUAUUAGAUCAGCCUUUUUGCCCAUUUAGUGAAUAUGCCACAAAGACCAGCCUGGUUAAUUUCGAGCACGUCAAGGUUAGAAUUUCUAGCUUAAUUUCAUUAACUUAAAUUUAUAUCAGUGUUAAAUUUUACACGACCGAUAAUGAGCUUUUAAGAAAAUUAUUAAAUAG